AAGACGACACUAUAACAAAUUCAGAUUCGGCCAUGUAGGUGUAAUUGUUGUCAGAGAGGAAUCACCACUCAAAGAAGGACAAGGAAACGGGAAAUAGGGCAGAGAGGUUCAAUGAUCAGAAUUCACGAUGAUAAUUUUAGAUUCCUCUGGAUUGUUUGCAAAGAUUAGCCUUGUGAUCCUCAUGCUGAAGCUAACCAUGUCGGUUAACAAUAGCGAGGUUCGUGUCGUACAAGUAGGACGAGUAGCUUCCCAGGUGGUUUGCCAAGGAACCACAUUAAAGUUCAAAUGCCAAAACACUUCUCUUGCAAUGGUCAUCUAUUCCGCGGUCUACGGACGAGAAUCCAAAGGAGCCGUUUGUCCAUUUGCAGAGGCCUAUGUGGAUGAUUCAGUAAUAAGGGCCAAUGAAACAGACGACCAGACACUGUGCAAGGUAGUGGAUGUUACUCGGCUGAUAAGAGAGCUGUGCGACAAGAAAAGGCGAUGUAAUUUUAGCGUAAAUGAAACCUACUUUGGAAAUCCUUGUAAAAAGAUUUACAAAUAUGUCAACAUCAUUUACGGUUGUGAGGAGAAAUGGAAAAUCAGGACUUUCCCUCCGUACACCACUUCUGCUGGUUACGGCACAGAUCCCACGACAGUAACAGUCACGAAUAAUAAAUCAAAAACGCCUAAGGUAACACCCACACGUAAAAGAGUGACAACUUUGACCACUCGAAGGAAAAAACUCACAAACACCACCACGAGAAAGAGUCGUGCACGCACGCCUAAACCACCGCAUUCAACAAAGCGCACCACUGCACCAAAAACUACUUUUAAACCUACUUCUAAACUCUCUACUCGUUCCUCAACUGAAAUGCCCGCGAAAAGGCCAAUAACGUCUGCCAAAAUGACAAAAAAAGUGACACCUACUAAGAAACCCGUCCAUGAUACUACCACUGAACCCCUAAUAGUAAGUAAAGGUGUUGAGACUGUAACACCGAGCAUCACGGUUCCGAAAUCUGAUGUUAGUGUAAUAGUAACUAAUCCUAUAGCCUCAACAGAUCCUAUCAAUGAACAAGACAAACAUUCUCCAACCACAUCCACAGGUAUACUUAUCACAAUACCAGUCAACGGUACCGAUUACACAUUAGCAAACAAGACACUGAAUAACUUACCAAACAGCGCACUAUCAAGCAUAUUGACCAUAACGCCCACGGUACGUAUACCCGAUGGCAAAACUCGACAAAACCCCUCACCCGAAACUGCUUCCACUUCUGCACCAGUGGUCAUGGGACAGGCAAGCCCAGAAGUCGUCAUGGGUGUGGCGGGAUCACUUUACCUUUGGUUUCUCCACAUGAAAGAAAACCAAGCAACCUAUACUACAGUCUUCAUUCUGAGUGCUUUGGGUGCAGCCAUAAUUAUGGUAGCGGUAGUAGCUUGCUUUUUAACCCUCCAGAAAAAGAAGGAAUUUAUCAAACUUGACGUUAUGCAUAAACCAAAGAGAUUUAUUGAGCUUCCCAAGGAAUCAGGGACGAGGAAUCAGAACGGACAUGUUCCUGAAAAAGUUAAUAAGCCAACGGAUGCAGAGGAAGCACCCGAUGGGAUGAUGGUUCAAAAGGGGCCGGAAGUGGUCUUCACCGCACACGAUGUCGAUAAUCACGUUCCUAAAGAGUUUAACAUUGAUAGGUAUCCUGGAACAGAAAAUGGAUCAGUGAAGAAAGAAAAUGAGCCAGGUAUUCACGUCAACCCAAUGUUUAAUAAUAACAACAAACUUUUCAACCUUGUAAAUGAUACACACCAAACAAAUCCACCUGCCAAAGAUACAGCCAACAGUCUACCGUCAACCCCAUCCAGAAGUCGGAUCCUAAGUGAACCCAGAACAGGACCAGCACGGCACGGUAGAGCAAAUAGCACUGGUAACGUAUCCAAGAGUCACGAAAGGCAACACAGCCAAGGCAUAUCUGAUUAUCAAGACGAGAGGACGCGAAUACCUCGCCACCUCAGUGCCGGAAAUGUAUCACAUCAGCAUCGUCACAUGGUCUCUGAACAUGCUUCGCAUCCUCAAUCUCCUGCUAAGACGCUACCCCGUCAAAGAACUCCCACCGGUAACCACUGGCAUCAAGCUGCACAACCAACACAUACAAGUGGAACUUCUACCCCGGGGAUGAUAAACAGCACAUCGCAGCAACACUUACCAGCCAGAUCAGUUUCAGGGGGAACUCUAUUGAGUCAGAGCUCCACCUUGAACAGCAGACAGCAAAGUCCGGGUAUUGGGCAACUGUCACCCUCAAGAAACCCACAGCAUAAUCCUCCUGAUCAUUCGCUGAGGGAUGUCGGACUAGUAACGCUUGGAAGGGAUCGAGAGCCGAACAACCAAGGAAAAUCACUUUCAAUGGCUCCUGGAGAGCAACAAUUUGCUGCACACAAUUCAACACGAUAUCAAAGAGCCAACGUUGGUCCAAAUUCUCCAAUGAAAGUUUCCAGCUCUUCAAAUGCGACUCUGGGGCUCAGUAGCAGCAGUGGAUCGAACAGUCCCUACACAGCUCAACGAAACACUCCCAUACUAAACAGGAAAUGGAGUGAGGUAAAAUCAGAAAGUGAUGUUGUUCCAAAUAUAACAACCAACCCAAAUUACAUCAACAGGCCGGGCGAAAUAUGGUUAGAUGACAGCGAUCCCAACACGGGACACAAGGAUGCAACAGGCAGAAGCUUAAGCACUGACCAAGGCAACAAGCAAGGUGGUAUCCUUCAGCACAGGAGAGAGUCUACUGAAAAAAGCUCCUCGCAAGAGCAGUUUUCUCCUAAAGUGAUAGAAAGCGCCAACGAUAGAAAUGUUGACGAUCUCCAACCAAAAAAUACCGAAAUUUCUGUCCUCGAUAAGAUUUUGGGACUGCCUCGAUUCUUCUUCGGAAAACGAGAAGGAAAACUGCCAACAGAACAAACCUGAUCAUGAAAUCAAAGUGUGAAAGACAUUGUAGACAGGCGAAGGUACAUUAUGUUUAACAAAAGACAUGUACCGCUCUGCUUAAAAAUAACUAAUCCUUCAUGACAAGUAUACAAGGCAACCAUACAACACACCAGACAACAGUUAUCAGGAACCAAUUGACAAUAUUCACCAAUGACAUUAACGUAAAGUUGACAGGUCUACGGAAAAGAAGGCAAAAGGGUGAGUCGUUCAACUUGAAGGUGAAACUAAAAAUAUAUUAACUCUCUUCAACAUUCAAAACAAACUUACAGUAGACAUCACUCAUCGCAUUGGACUGAGUCUUCCAAGACGCAGGACGAUUAAAUUUAUGCGUCAGAAUCAAAAGAUCAAGAGGCGAUUUUUCGCCAGUUACGAAACGCCUAUGGCUGUUGUAAAGAUAACUUUGUGCUGCAAGAGAGAUUUUUUGUCUGUAGGUGGUGGGAUUUUUUCCAGCGUCGUAGACUUGGUUGACUUCUUCGAAAUGAUCUUUUCUAAAUGAAAACUUUACUCAGAUUCUGCCUGACUCAGCUAUAGAUUCUUGGUGACAAACGCAGAAUGUUAAUAAUUCGGAUGGAAGUGACAACGCUGUUGAAUGGAAUUAGGAUUUUAUUUUACACAUUGUGGUACUUAGGAUUUUUAGCUUUGUUGCGAACAAUUUGCAAAUUAAGAGCGUUGUAGACUGAUACUACUUUUUUUGCAGCAGCUUCAUCUUUUUUGAUAUCGCGAAGGGCAAACUGGAACUGACAUUUUUUAUUUCAUUCGAUAUAACAGUUGAACAGCAUUCGCUUUGUUAGGGGGUUUUUAUUCUCGAAGGGAACGAGAGCUGGCUUUUGUAUGUUAAUAAGGGAAAUCAUCGGGUGUUGCCUCUCUCUCUCUCUCUUCGUUCAUUCGAAUCGUUUGCAGAACAAACCCGGGUCUCACCGACACACAUGGCCUGAGUUUAGUUUGGUUAUGGGAAUAAGAGGAAUAAGGGCGAUAAUAGCUUUUUCUUUGUUCAUAUCCCAUAAUAAAAUGAUUGUGUCUGUUACCUGCUCAAGGCUGGCCCUUGCAAUAUAGGUGUUUUUCAGUAGAAUUGAGCUUAUACUAAGUAACGAACAUUGCCAUCAGAUUAAUAGUCAAGAUUUUUAAAUUGUUAGACUUAUAAUUACCAGUGUGCUCUCCUCGUAGAGACAUCUUACCAAAACGUUAGCAAAGACUACGAAAAGAAUCAGCAUGCAGCAAAAGAGCACCUGUGUUCUUGGAAACUGGUAGCUCUAGUACAGUGUAUUUAAAGAGACAACCGUCAAAGACAGGGCAGCAUGUUUUUCGUGACAAAAGCAUCUUUUUGUAAUGCUUUAAUAGGUCUGCAAUGUGUUUGUGUGCACUACACUGUGUGCCAAAUUUAAUAAAAUUUUUCAGCUGAUAAGUGUUUUAUCUAAGGUGCUACUUCAACUUGCAAGAAACCGGACUCGUCUAAGAAAAGCUAAAUUGCUUCCAAGCGUUUGAUACAAAAUCCUAAUCCUGUAAACAUUGCAGGCCUGUUUCUGAGGCAGCAGUUUUUAUCCCCAGGUUCCUUUGUUGUGGACCAUGCCAUCACAGGAGCGAAAACCUGGAAUAAAACUAUCGGCUGGGAAUAUAUUCAGCAGUAAAUUAAGAAAAGGUAAAGUAAUGAAACCCUAUUUCUCAUUCACAGAGAUCAAACCUGUUUGACAAGUCUGGCGUUUAGUCUUGCAUGUAUGGCGCAUUUAUAGUGACAGAAGGAAAAUAAAAUCAUGUUUAACCGUACGUCUUAUUGACGAUACAAUUUCAUUGUCUAAGUGGCCUAGGGUAGCAACCUUGUAAAUGCGGGCGCAACUCGAUUAUUCGGACACGGGAUUGGACUGAAUAAAGAGAGUCUGGAUAAU